AUGCCCUAUUUAAGCUCCCAACCCAAGAUCCUCAUAGCAGGUGCCGGCAUUGGGGGCCUCACAGCCGCGCUCUCACUCCACGCGGUAGGGUUCACCGACAUCCAGAUCUUCGAAGCAUCCUCGACCCUGACCACGCUCGGCGUGGGAAUCAACGUUCAGCCUUCUGCUGUGCUGAUUUUGCGGAACCUCGGACUCUUGGAAGCUCUGGAGAAGACCGGAAUACAGACUGCAGAACUCAACUUCUACAACCGCCAUGGCGACUCCAUCCUCAGCGAAAAGCGCGGCAAGCAUGCUGGCUACGCAGUGCCUCAAUUUUCCAUCCACAGAGGAGAGUUCCAAAUGCUGCUCCUCAGCGCUGUGAAAGAGCGUCUCGGCGAGCAAGCUGUGCACCUGAACCACGCGCUCACGGGCUUCGAGCAAACUGAGAAGAGCAUCACAGCCCAAUUCUCCCAACGCCGCGACGGCGCGCCCGCCGAGCUCUCUGGCAUUGCAGGUGACGUUCUCAUAGCAGCUGACGGCAUCAACUCGACGGCGCGACGCGUCCUGUACCCGGACGAAGGCCCGCCACGGUUCUCUGGUCGCAUGCUCUGGCGCGGUUGUUUGGAGCGCGCGCCAUAUCUCACGGGGGCGAGUAUGGUGUGGGCGGGCCACGCAGACCAGAAGUUCAUCGCGUACCCGAUAUCCCGGCGCUCAGAAGACAAGGGCAAAAGUCUUGUGAACUGGAUUGCUGAGCUGCGGAUUCGGGGCAAGAACGAUAAGGAUCUAACGCCACCCAAGACAGACUGGACCAAGGCAGUUGACAAGAGCGUGUUCGAGCGCCCGUUUGAGAGCUGGAAAUGCGGGGGGCUGGUAAUGAAGGACUUGAUCGACAGAACGGAAAAGGUGUUUGAGUUCCCCAUGUCCGACCGCGAUCCGAUUGAGCAGUGGUCAUUUGGCAGGUUGACACUUAUGGGCGAUGCGGCGCAUGCCAUGUAUCCCAUUGGGUCGAACGGCGCGAGUCAAGCCAUCAUCGAUGCGGAGACGCUGGCAAAGCAUCUCAAGGCUACGGCGAGCGAUGUAGCUGCGGCAUUGAAAGCAUAUGAGCUUGAGAGGUUGCCUCCUACAGCCAAGAUCGUUAUGGCAAAUCGCGCGAACGGGCCGGACCACGUCUUGCAGAUGGCUGAAGAGCGGGCGCCGGAUGGAUUCGACAAUAUUUAUGAUGUCAUACCAAAGGAGGAGUUGGACGCUAUUGGUACGGUGUACAAGAAGGUUGCUGGGUUUGAGAUGGACAGUGUCAACGUCAAGGCGAGAGAAACAGAUGGAGAGAGCGAAAAACUACAGCUGACGAGUCCCAAAGACUGGAUAUAG